AUGGCGCCCGAAGUGGACGGAGUGGGCGGGGGACACGGAGAAAGGCCCCCCGCAGGGGAGGGCGGCCCCAGGGAGGUGUGGAAGAAGGGCGGCCGCCUGCUGUCUGUGCUGCUGGCCGCGAACGUGCUGCUCCUCGCCUGCACGCUCAUCAGCGGCGGAGCCUUCAACAAGGUGGCCGUGUACGACACCGACGUGUUCGCGCUGCUCACUACGAUGAUGCUGCUGGCAAUGCUCUGGAUCCUCUUCUACCUCCUCCGAACCGUGCGCUGCCCCUGCGCGGUACCCUACCGGGACGCGCACGCUGGCCCCAUCUGGCUCCGAGGUGGACUGGUGCUGUUUGGUAUCUGCACCCUCAUCAUGGAUAUCUUCAAGACCGGCUACUACUCCAGUUUCUUUGAGUGCCAGUCAGCCAUAAAGAUCCUGCACCCUGUCAUCCAGGCUGUGUUUGUCAUCAUCCAGACCUACUUCCUCUGGGUCUCCGCUAAAGACUGCGUUCACGUCCACCUGAAUCUGACCCGGUGUGGUCUCAUGUUCACACUCACCACCAACCUGGCCAUCUGGAUGGCGGCCGUGGUGGAUGAAUCUGUGCACCAAUCCCACUCCUACAGCAGUUCUCACAGCAACGCCAGCCACGCCCAUCUCGCCUCUGACCAGCGUGCGGGCAACCCAGUCGGAGGAGACUCCUGCCUCUGCAGCACGGCUGUCUGCCAGAUCUUCCAGCAGGGGUACUUCUACCUCUAUCCCUUCAACAUCGAGUACAGCCUCUUCGCCUCCACCAUGCUGUACGUCAUGUGGAAGAAUGUGGGCAGAUUCCUGGCCUCCGCCCCUGGCCACAGCCACACCCCAUCCCCUCUCAGCCUCUUCCGGGAGACCUUUUUUGCUGGCCCGGUUCUGGGCCUGCUGCUCUUCGUGAUAGGACUGGCUGUCUUCAUCAUCUAUGAGGUUCAAGUGAGCGGGGGCGGGGGCCGCACCCAGCAGGCCCUGGUCAUCUACUACAGCUUCAACAUUGUCUGCUUGGGACUUACGACCUUGGUCAGCCUGAGUGGCUCCAUCAUCUACCGUUUUGACCGCCGGGCCAUGGACCACCAUAAGAACCCCACGCGCACCCUGGACGUGGCCCUGCUGAUGGGUGCCGCCCUGGGUCAGUACGCCAUCUCCUACUACUCCAUCGUGGCCGUGGUGGCGGGCACACCCCAGGACCUGCUGGCAGGGCUCGACCUCACCCAUGCGCUGCUCAUGAUUGCCCAGCACACCUUCCAGAACGUAUUUAUCAUCGAGAGCCUUCACCGAGGACCGCCCGGGGCUGAGCCUCACAGUACCCCCACCAAGGAACCUUGCCAAAACCUCAGCUUCACCAACCUGGAUGCCUUCCACACCUUGCCUGCCUGCCCACCCACCCCCAGGCUGGUUAGCCCCAGCCCCGCAGACCAGCGAGAAGCAGUGGCCAUCAUCUCAGCCCCCAGAAGCCAAUGGAGACGCCGGUGCCUAAGAGACAUUUCUCUGUUUCUCCUGCUCUGCAAUGUCAUCCUGUGGAUCAUGCCUGCCUUCGGGGCCCGCCCUCACUUCAGCAACACAGUAGAGGUGGAUUUCUACGGUUACUCCCUCUGGGCAGCCAUCGUCAACAUCUGCCUCCCUUUCGGCAUCUUCUACCGCAUGCACGCCGUCUCCAGCCUGCUGGAGGUCUACGUGCUGUCCUGAGGCCUGCAACAGACGUGGGGGGCAGGAAGAGGGGGCUCAGCUCAUGUGCCCACUCAGAUACCCUCUGGAAAUGAAUCCCAGCUGGUGCCAUAUGACAGUCCAUUUCCUGCUGGUCCCAGAGUGGAAUUUUCACAAAAGUUAUUUUUCCAGGUUCAAUUUUUAAAUCACAAUCAGGACAGGCCCAUCCACCCCAGUAUGACCGUGGGGCAUGAGGUGACUGGGGAAGGGAGACCUCUCUUGGCAGCAUUGCUAGGACCCAAUGAGAUCUGGAAGUGCCGGCUCUGGCUCCCUCUCUAAUCCCAUCCUGUGGCCUGGCCAGUGCACUGCCUGGAGCUGGAAACCAAUAAACCUGUGAUUUGGCCCCA